AUGUCUAAAGGGAAGAUGAAUGCGGAUCUAGGACCUGCGUUAAAGCCCUUUGACGACAAGGAUGACUUCACGGACUGGCAAAGGAUGAUGAAGAACGUACUGAUACAUAAAGAUUUGGAUGAUGCACUCAACGGUGAGAAGCCAGCAAGCAUGACAGACGCAGCAUGGACUAAGGUUCUCAAGAAGGCCAAGAGUUCCGUCGAGAUCCAUCUCACAAGUUCAGCUCGGUCACACAUCACCGAAAAGAUGACUGCCCAUGAAGCAUGGGAAAAGUUGGAGAAUGUUUAUAUGGGCAAAACAGUGUCCAAUAAACUUUUUCUAAAGGAUGAACUAUUCGGACUUCGACUGGAAGGAGGUGAUAUUAAAGAUCACGUAUGCAGGUUCCAGAAUUGCAUUACUAAUCUUCAAAAGGUCGAAGAAACUUACAAAGAUGAUGAUAUGUCUAUCAUCUUGCUGAGGUCUCUACCUUUGUCUUUCAAGCACUUUCGAACAACUCUAAUGUUUGAAAAAGAGUCCCUGAAGCUUGAAGACGUAAUUCAAGCUCUUCAAUCAUAUGCUAAACUAGAUGGUAUAACUGAAAGCUCUCAAGGGCUUCAUGCCAAAGGCAAGGAGAGGGGGUGGGAAAAGACAAAGGAAGAGAAAACAGGCAAAGUUGGGUCAAAAUCCAAGAAAAAAAAGGAAAAGAAGGAAGGUUGCUUCAAAUGUGGUUCAGCCGAUCAUUGGAAGAGGAACUGCAAGAUUUGGAAAGAGAAGAAAGCCAAGAGGGAAGGAAGCUCAGGUUCAGCUAGUGCAAUCACCGAGCAUGAGAGUGACAGGGAGCUUCUUUCAGUAACUUCAGGCUCCAAGGCUUUCACAAAUUGGAUUUUGGAUACUGGAUGCACUUUUCAUAUGUUUGCAGUAAGAGAAUGGUUCGAUACUUACAAAGAAGUCGGCAGUAGGGAAGUUUUAAUGGGGGACGAUUCUUAUGUCCUGUAA